UAACAGUGCAGCAGGAGCUCAGAGGAAGUGUGUGAGUCUGAAUCACUGUGUGUGGAAGCACCGUCAUUCACAGAAGAAGCAGUGAGUGAAUACGAGUCAGUUAUCAUGUUUAUUUUGGCUCACUGACGGAGCAUGUUAGCACCAUUUACCAGACUAUGCAGCUGAAAACAAGCGCGGUAGGCCCCACACCAUCCUGCGGCUUUCCUACUGUGAGUGAACCGAAAAGAGCGUCUUAGUUUGGCGUGAAGUCCUGCUUUGUACCGCUGGACGCCGGUGCGCCGUAGUAACCGCUUGAGUGCAAGAGCGACAUCUGGCGUAAAAAGUCAUCAUGACAGGGGUGUGUGGUUGUUGUGGAGCGCUGAGGCCGCGCUACAAGAGACUGGUGGACAACAUCUUCCCUGAAGACCCAGAGGAUGGGUUGGUAAAGGCCAACAUGGAGAAGCUGACUUUUUAUGCCCUGUCAGCUCCAGAGAAAUUGGAUCGGAUUGGAGCGUACCUGUCUGAGAGACUGUCUCGUGAUGUAGCUAGACACCGUUAUGGGUAUGUGUGUAUUGCGAUGGAAGCCCUCGACCAGCUGCUAAUGGCCUGCCACUGUCAGAGUAUCAACCUGUUCGUGGAGAGUUUCCUGAAGAUGGUGCGGAAACUCCUGGAGGCAGACAAACCCAACCUGCAAAUCCUGGGAACAAACUCGUUUGUGAAGUUUGCUAACAUCGAGGAGGACACCCCCUCGUAUCAUCGCAGCUACGAUUUCUUUGUGUCACGGUUUAGUGAGAUGUGCCAUUCCAACUAUGAGGACCCCGACAUCCGCACCAAAAUCCGAAUGGCUGGCAUCAAAGGUCUACAGGGAGUAGUGAGGAAGACCGUAAACGAUGAGUUGCAGGCAAACAUCUGGGACCCUCAGCACAUGGACAAGAUCGUCCCCUCACUGCUCUUCAAUCUGCAGUCUGGUGAAGGCACAGAGAGUCGCUCUCCCUCCCCGCUGCAGGCCAGUGAGAAGGAGAGAGAAAGCCCAGCCGAGCUGACGGAGCGCUGCUUUCGGGAACUGCUGGGCCGUGCCGCCUAUGGCAACAUCAAGAACGCAGUCACCCCUGUGCUUAUGCAUCUUGAUAAUCACUCGCUGUGGGAAGGCAAAACAUUUGCAGUGCGCUGCUUUAAGAUCAUCAUGUACUCCAUUCAGUCCCAGCAUUCUCAUCUGGUCAUCCAGCAGCUCUUGGGCCAUUUGGAUGCCAACAGUAAGAGUUCAGCCACAGUGCGUGCUGGGAUAGUGGAGGUCCUUCUGGAGGCGGCUGCCAUCGCUGCCAGUGGCUCUGUUGGCCCCACAGUGUUGGAGGUUUUCAACACGCUGCUCCGGCAUCUGAGGCUCAGUGUGGACUAUGAGCUCACAGGAUCCUACGACUGCACUAACAUUGGCACCAAAAUCAUCAAGGAGCAUGAGGAGAGACAGCUACAGGAAGCUGUCAUCAGGACUAUCGGCUCAUUUGCAAACACAUUACCCACAUACCAGCGUUCUGAGGUGAUGCUCUUCAUCAUGGGAAAGAUCCCCAUUCCAGGCAUGCAUUUCACGCUGCCCUCUACAGGCUCAGGGCCUGAGGGCAACCGAAUGAUCCAAGUCAUGCUGUUGAAGUCCUUGAGACAGGUCACAUGUGGUUUCCGGACGACCAACAUGCUGACAGCUCUUCCCAACUCCUUUCUGGACCCUCUACUCUCAUUUGCUCUGCUGGAAGAUGCAGAAAUUCGACUGUUGGUGCUGGAAAUACUGGUCAGCCUUAUCGAUCGCCAUGACAACCUCCCCAAGUUCUCUACCAUCAGUAUCAUCUCAGAUAUCUCUGUGCUUAAACUCAAAGUGGACAAGUGCUCACGUCAAGACAACCUCUUCAUGAAAAAGCAUGCCCAGCACCUGUAUAGACACAUCUACCUGUGCAGUAAGGAACAGAGCAGCGUGCAGCCUCACUUUGAGAAGCUCUACUCACUCCUGGCCCUCAUCAGCAUGGAGCUGGCCAACGAAGAGGUGGUGGUGGACCUGAUCCGUGUGGCGCUCGCUCUACAGGACUUGGCUCUGAGCAGUGAGGAGGCGUUACCGGUGUAUAACCGCUGUGCCGUUCACGCUCUGUCCUCUGCUUACCUCAAUCUCAUCAGUCAGCUCACCACAGUGCCAGCGUUCUGCCAGCACGUUCAUGAGGUGAUUGAAAUGAGACAAAAAGAAAGUACUUACCUGUUACCUGAGGAUGUCUUCAUUGAAAACCCAAAGAUUCCUAAGACACUGGAGAAGCUGGAAGGAGAGCUGUUGUUCCAACAGGCCAAGAUAACUGAGGUUCUUGGAGGAAGCGGCUACAACACUGAGCGACUAGCUACACCUUAUGUCCCACAGUUCACAGAUGAGGACCGGCUGUCAAAAAGAAAGAGCAUUGGAGAAACAAUAUCUCUGCAGGUGGAGGUAGAGUCCAGAAACAGUCCAGAGAAAGAGGAGAGAACACCAGCUGAAGAAAUCACAUUUGAAACCCUAAAAAACGCCAUCGUGGAUAGCGUAGGCGUAGAGGAACAGGAGAAGGAACGCAGGAGGCAGGUUGUUGAGAAGUUCCAGAAGGCCCCCUUUGAGGAAAUAGCUGCCCACUGUGGUGCCAGAGCUACGAUGCUGCAGAGCAAACUUAAUCAAAUCUUUGAAAUCACGAUCAGGCCUCCUCCGAGUCCAUCUGGAACCAUCACAUCAAGUUACGGCCAAACCCAGAGUCGCUCUGUCCCCGUUUAUGAGAUGAAGUUCCCAGACUUGUGCGUUUACUAGUGCAGCUCAACUCAGGAUUCAGGAACCUUCAGUAGCAGCCAGUGGUGCAGAGAGCUGGAGGGUUUUAAGUAUUAAAUUAUAUUUUGAUGUUUUUAAUACAGUAAUACUAAGAGGUCAGCCCUCCUUUAUACUAUAAACCUCAUCGCUGUAUUGUCCCCUGUUCCCUGUCUACAAGGUGACUGUAGACAGUUCACAAUUGAACUACUACUGAAAGGAUUUUCCCUAUUGACAAAUAUUUUCCACAUAUUCUUUCAUACGCUGCAUUUCCAUAAUAAAAUCAGCUAACAUAAAUAUGUAUUUGCAGCAAACACCCAAAUGGACAGAGGUGUAAGACCUGAGCAUACCUGGGUCAUAUUCCACCUUUAAAAUCAAAAGAAAGAAAUAAUAUAUUUUUAAUAAACAAAAGGUUUUUUUUUACAUUGUGACAUUAUUUUCAUGACAGUCGAACACAUUUAAUGUGAAAAUAAAAAUAGUUCAAUUGUAAAUUAUUUACACAUUAGGAAUUUUCAUGUCUUUAUUUAUGCUUAUUGUAAUGCUGAUUUCACUUAAAAAUUAUGGCAUUAGUUAAUAAAACUACAGUAAUUGCACAUUUUUACAUUACAAAUGACAAAAUUAAAUUUGUAUUAAAUAAAAAAAAUAAAAAACGUAUUACAAUAUUAAGACUUUGAAGAUAGUUUUGAAUUGUCAUAAAAAUAAUGUGAUAAUGUCAAAAAAUGGUCAUUAAUUUGACCGUAUUUCUGUUAGAUUUCUGUUAGAUUCAACUGUAUUCUUUUUAAAGUGUAGUUUCAUAGUUCUAUAUUGAGAAAAAGGGGAAACUGUCAUCUUUUGACAAAUCAAACAAUUUACCUUUCUACCUAAGUGCAAUCAGUAUCAAUGAGGCUCAUUUGUUGCACAAAAUGUCUCUCAAAUGAUUUUUACUUGGUGCUAAUUUCUGUUCCUAGUAGUUUGAGUCUUUAGUAAAUGAACUUUUUAUUGGUAGUUUAUGCUUAUCACAGCAAUCUGUGUUCUGUAGAUAUCUGGCAUUCAGAUCGCUGGAGGUGAUGUCUGUCUUCUGCUUGUGUUUACAUGCUAAGUGUGUUAAGGAUCUCUAUUGCUGAAGGAACUGUUUAAUUAGCACUUUUUUAUUUAUCUAACCAUACUCAUUUGCUUAGCGUCUGUAGCCUGCUACAUUGUGCUUAGUCUUGUGGCAUCAGACUAUUUUUUUUAUUAUUUUUAUUUUGUAAGCACAAGCAUCAUUUUUUAUUGUGUGUAUAUAAGGUUGCGGACAAGAUCUAUAAGAUCUAUAAAUAUAUGUAAAUAAUUGUUUAUUUGUUUUAGAUUGCUCUGGUUUAACUCAGUGCGUAUGUGUGUGCAUUUCCCCAUGAAGAACUAAGCAGCAUGUCUCCAUUUUAAAAGAGUUUGCAAAACUCAUAAUGGCAGAUUUGUUUUUGUGAUUGACUGCUAGCUUCAGGGUUCAGAGACAAAUGAAGAAAAAACAGUCCAUCAGGAACGGCAGCAUUGCCAUGCAUCACAAUCCUGGUCACAAUCCCCCAGCUGUGUCGUUUGAAUUACACGAUGCUCUACAAUAUUCCAGAUCAUGCAGAGACUGUUAUUUCAGUGCUGAUCUGUGUGUCUAAAUACAGUAGAAUAUUUAAAGGAUAAUAUACAGCCGGGGGUUUAUUUUGAAGUUUUGACCAUCUGUCUGUACGUUAUCCUGCUUAGUACACGGCUGCUUACCAAAUCAGUAAAUAUAUGCACUGUAAAAAAAAAAAGUUGAGCCAACUUAAAAUUUGAAGGCAACCAGCUUCAGCAGAUUUUUGAGUUUUCUCAACUACCGUUUUAAGUUUAUACAACAAAAAUUUGAGAAUCUCCCACAAAAAUAAACUCAAAAAUCAGCUGAAGCUGGUUGCCUUAAAAUUUUAAGUUGGCUCAACUAUUCUUUUCUUUUUUACAGUGUGGACAUAACACUUUAAUCUUAUUUGUUGAUUAGCUUACUUAGCGAAAUAGUCCAUUAUAACAUAGAAAACAGUCUGCAUAUAGCAACAAGACAAGCAGUGCAACAAUAUUAAUUUCUAUAUUAUUUUUAAUCUGCAAUCCAAGUUUUUUUUUUUUUUUUUCGGAUUAGUUAGCUAACAUAUUUAACAAGUCUUCCACUAUUUUAAUUUCUGUCUCAACGAGUUCAUUGUUCUUUAAGUUUUUUAAUUUAUUUUCUUGCUUAAACUGGAGGCUCCUGAGCUACCUUCUAUGGAAUGUUUAAAAAUGUUUAAAAAAAAAAGCUUGUCAUGGUCACAUAGACAGUUUUAGUCCAUUAUGCAAAAUUGCACCAAUUGGCCAAUAGUCAAGAACCUAUUAAUAAAUUAAGAAUAAUACUUAUAUUUUUCAUCAUUUGUUGAAAUACUUCAAGCCUUUUUUUUUUUUUUUUGGCUUUUGUAUUGAGGUGGUGUAAAUGGUGAGAUUUAUUUGUUCAUGUUCGGCUAACAGACAUUUAUGUUGUAUGCAUUUGGUCCCAUUUUUUGUGUGGAAUGUUUUUGUAUGGCUGUGGAUUUUUACAGUGCCAUGAACUGAACUGCUGUGCUUUAACUAGAAGAUUCAUGCAACUAUUAUUUGUCAUCAGUUGGUGGCUGCAUACAGUAUGUGUUUUAAGUGCUACUUUACAUGUUUUUUAAGACCAUAUAACAGGAGGCCAAGUAUGACAGCAGAUUAAAUAUUAAUUUGUAUUAUACAGAUAGAGCAUAGAUAUUAUAGUGCUCCAACACAAAUUACCAGACACCUAAGCAGUAAAUGCUAUAAUGCCUGUAGUCAGUAGUGUCUUUAUCACAGAAGUAGUAGACAGUUGCUGUUCUCAGUAUUAUUAGUAUUAAAUGCAUUUGCUCUUUAAAUAUAAUUAUUCCCUUGAAAUGAAUCUGAAGUAUAGCUCUUGCCCCGAUAAUAUGACUGAUAUAAAUGCUCAGUAGUUCUGUAAAUGCAUCUCACAUUUCUUCAGCAUUGUAGUUUAGUAAUGAAUUUAAUAUUUGCGAGAAUUAAGUUAAUUAAUUUCUGGGCUGUGACAUGUCAAAGUUAGUCAUUAAUUAUAAUCUCUCUGCAUUUCAAGUGUCAUUUCUGGUGUAGCUGGAGUCUUGAAAUGGAGAGCUAUAUUCAUGUGUAGCAUUGAUGAAAUAUCAGUACCAGUGUCUCCAUUUCUUUAACGUUCUGUCUGGAUGAAAGUUUUCCCCAUGAUUUGUUUGUGGUUAAACUGCAAAUAGACAAUAAAACAUUUUCGAUACAACGCAGUGUGCACAUUUGACAUU